UUUGCUUACCAAUAGACAAACUUGAAAACCACCCACAGAGAAAACCUAAACCAAAACACUCAUCAAAAUCUUAUUAGUGUCUAAUGGCACUCCUUAAUGACCAUCCCAACGAGUCUAAUUACAUCUCAAAACAAAACUCCUCCUCAUCCGACGAUCCCUCAUCACCGGAGAAUUAUGGAUUGGCUUCUAGCAGUAGCACGAUGAAUUCAGAUCAUCAACAAAAUCAUCAAGGGAUUGUGUUUUACCCUUCGCGCGAAUCCGUUGAAGAUCAUAACUCUUUGUUAGAUUUCAACGGAUCAUCAUUUCUUAACUUCGACAACAACAAUCAUUAUGAGAGCUUUCCUCAUCCAACCAUAAGUUGCGGUGGUGGCUUCUCUUUUUUGGAAGGCAACAACAUGAGCUACGGCUUCACAAAUUGGAGUCAGCAUCAUAUGGAUAUUAUUAGCCCUAGACCCAUUGAAACUCCGGGGAUAAAUCAAGGCCAUAAAGACUGGUUAUACUCUGAUUCAACUGCUGUGACCACUGGUUCUAGACAUGAGUCUCUCUCGCCUAAAUCCGCUGGAAACAAACGUUCUUAUACGGGAGAGAGCAUUCAACCACCCUCAAAGAAACCGAGGAGCGGCGGUAACGGGAAAGCCAAGCCUAAGCCAAUAACUCCACCUAAAGAUCCACAAAGCCUAGCAGCCAAGAACCGAAGAGAAAGGAUAAGUGAACGUCUCAAGAUAUUGCAAGAACUUGUGCCCAAUGGCACCAAGGUUGAUCUGGUGACGAUGUUAGAGAAGGCUAUUAGUUAUGUCAAGUUUCUUCAAUUACAAGUUAAGGUACUUGCGACCGAUGAGUUUUGGCCAGCACAAGGAGGAAAAGCUCCAGACAUUUCUCAAGUUAGAGACGCGAUUGAUGCCAUCCUCUCUUCAUCACAAAGAGACAAGAAUUCGACUCCAAUCACCAAUAAAUGAAGACUCAUAAUAAUGAAUCACUUAACAUUAAUUAUGCUGUAAUAAUAUCGGGGAAAACAAUGAUUCUCUCGAUAACUUCCACGUACAAUCCUAAGAUUAUGUAACGUUAAUUAUGUGAAAAAAUUGAGAAGUUCUUUUUUUUUCUUGCUUAAAAAACGAAAAGUUCUUAAUGCAUUUAUAUCGAAGGGAAGAUAAGAGGCACUGAAAUCACCUUGAUCAGCUCGUUACUGGCUACACACGAGGAUGGAAUCUUUAACUAGUACUAAAUUACUAAUAUAUGUAAUUAUGUAUCUUUUCUUUUCUGCAUUUUUUUGUAUUUUUAGUAUACGGAAUACAGAUCUUGUAAUUAAAUUUAAAUUCAAAGAAAUGAGUAAUAAAAUUCUCA